AUGGGAGACGGAUCUGACUAUCCUAGCCCGCGAAGUGAAGCUCCGCACGGUGCAACUGCUGCUUCCGUCCUUGCCUCUGCCCAAGAGUCUUUGUCCUCAAUUGCCAGAAUGAACGAACAACUCGCCUCGCCGGCCGGAUUCCACCACAUCGAGGGAACGCGCCCGCGCCUGUCCGUUCGACGCGACCGCGAUCCUCCCAAGAACAGUGAAGGCCAGAUAUACUGCGACCACCCCGACUGCCAGGCCGCCCCUCCAACAUUUCGCCGUCCGUGUGAAUGGAACAAACACAUGGAUAAACAUGACCGCCCUUACAAAUGCUUCGAGCCUGGCUGCGACAAGAUCCAAGGUUUUACCUACUCAGGCGGUCUCCUGCGGCACCAGCGUGAAGUUCAUAAGAAGAACACUGAUGCGAAAAAACCGUUAAUGUGUCCGUAUGGCGAUUGUAACCGCAGCACAGGAAAUGGUUUCACACGUCAGGAGAACCUGCGAGAACAUCUUCGCCGCCGCCACAUGCACACUGACGACGGUCCUUCCAUCAUGGCGGACAUGGCUUGGGAUCGCGCCAAUGAACUCGAGGGCAUUCGUUCCAACUCUCUUCCCGCCACCGGAAUCAAGCGCAAGCAUGACUCCCCCAACGGAGAUAUGCCGGAGACCGAGGAGACCGGCGUCGAUAUGCACAAUGAGCUAAAGCGUCUCCGCCGCGAGGUUCAGGAGAAGGACAAGCGGCUGGAGGAACUCGAGCGGGUGGUGGCUGGCCUCCAGCAAUCACUCACCCAGGCUCCGGAGCCUGAGUCACAGCCUCUCUCGCAAACCAUCCCUCCUAUUCCACAGGCCGCCGCCCCUCCAGUUUAA